AUGUCUGCACUCAACUCAGCUGUGCAGGAGGCCGAGGUACAGCUCGAAGCCUCGCAGCGACGUCAGCAGGCCGCCGAAAACCGGCUGGAGGCGAUCCAGCAAGAGCUGGAGAUCACCGAGAGACAGCUGGCGAUCGAUGAGCGACAGGUAGAGGCCCAUAGACUCAUGCUUGAAGCGGCGCGUGCUCAACUCCGCGCUGAGGAGUUGCGAGCUUCGACGAACGCACCAGCGCCCCCUGCUGGCGGUUACCCGUACUAUGCGACUCCAGGCCGAAUCGUUGCGCUCGCCAACAGCCCUGAAGGCGCGCAGGCAAUCGUGGAGCGAAUCUUCCGAGAUGUUGGGGCGAACAGCCUAGAGGUCACAGUCCAGCCCAGGGCUAAGAGCGGCCUGCCCGUGGGUGACAAGGUGACAGUGCGAGUACAACGCUCCCCUGAGAAUGGCCACUAA